AUGACAGUCGAAGGUCAUUAUCCGUCCGCUGAUGAGGUGACAGCGUACCAGAAGACGAAGAUAGCUGAACUCCGUGAGAAAGCGGCCACACAUCUGGCCAAGUAUCCCGAUUACGAUACCGAUUUUUCGCUUCUUCGAUGGCUGAUGGGUUGGGAUUAUGAUAUAGACGUGAUACUGCCGAAGAUCCAAUCCACGCUAGAUGUGUUGAAAUGCUUACGAAUGGAUGAAAUCACGGUAGAGAACGUUCACGAAUUGAAUGCAAAGAUUCGCUCGAUGUCCAAUGUAGCCGAUUACUUUCCAGGGUCAGUGGAAUCUGUCUACGACUUCUUUCCAGGAGGUCUCAUGUGCCAGGACGAUGAAGGAAACGUCGUAUACAUGCAGGCGUUAGCGCUAACCCAUCCGAAAACCCUGAUUAAAUCAGGAGCUGUAAGUGAACUGUACCGGCUAAGCAUCAUCGAGGCUGAGUUGGCAUUCAAACUUGUCAGAAAAGCGGAGGCUGCGACUGGAAAAAAGUUAGGAGCGAAGAUUAUCAUUGAUUUGGACAACUUUAGCAUGGAUGUUCUUUAUCCGCCAGCUCUC